GUUCGCGCAGCUAUGAUGGUUGGUGGCCACUCGAGUAACGUGAAGACAUUAAAAGUUGCUAGGAUCGCGCUUCUUCGCAUUGUUCUUUACCUAGCUUCAUUGAUCUUUUCUAUCAUUGUGGUCGGCGUCGUCGUCGACAGGGUGAAUGUGACCCUUCGAAGUGUGCCUGUCUGUUGGUUCGAUAUCAAUCGCGACUCGUUGCCGUGUGAUGUGGCCGUAGGAGUCGGAGUGUCAUCACUUGUCGUCUCACUACUUCUCGUUUUUACUGACACGGUUUUCGAUGUCAAGCAGCUAGGCAGCGAGUCGGUGCGUACUACAAUCCGGGUUCUAAUCAUCGUCCUGUCUAGCGUGCUGGCAAUUAUUUGGCUGGUCUGCUUUGGCUUCUUGGCAGUGAAGUGGAAAAUGGUCAAAGAUCUUGCACAGUCUGCAUCAUCAAGUAUUGCUGCACGGACAGAGGCUGUUAUUGCAUUCAGCUUUUUAUGCUUUACUGUGUGGAUUGCUGAGAUUGUCUUGGCUUCUGUUGGUAUGCGAGCUUCAAGGUGCCAUACUGUCUUAUCCCAAGAGACCGUUGGAUCUGACUUGUAGUAGAGGAAUCACUCAGACAGUAGAUCUGUGGCUAAACGAUAAGACACACAGCUUGAAUUCUUGACUAGUCUGCAAUGCAUGCUCAACCGAGUUAUUUUUGGGCUCAUUGUGUGCACAACAAACAUACGCGCUCGUAACUCUAUACCGUCAAUGAUUUGUAGCAAAAAUUAGGUAGCUUAUUUGAUGUCACGUGAGUUCCGAGGUC